AUGAUUAAACGCAAGCUGAGCGGAAAUGCGAAUCGCUUUCCAACUAAAGAAUCGAAGAUCUCCUCGACCUUUGCUGAUCCGAACCGCAAGCAGCAAGCCAAACGCGAAUACAAGGUAUUGAAAAUAAAGCCGGGACAGCUCUUUAAGGAUUACGUGGCAAAAUUUGAAGCCCUGGCUCAGGCCGCUGGUGUUCGGCGAGAUAAGAUAAAAUCCGACUUGUAUGAGUCCCUCUCAGCAAGUUUCAAGAAGCUGAUUAUCAUGUACUAUCAUCAAUCUCCCGAUUACAAUACCUUUGUCCAGAACUGUCAUUUGAUGGCAGAUUCCUUGCAGGGAAUCGAGACUAGCUACCAGCUAGAAAAGGCAGAUCGAGCUCCGAAAGGGACUAUAACCAGAACUCGAACUAUUCCCACUGCUACUGCAGUUACUGUUACCGGAACAUCUGUUCCUCGCUCACCCGUUUCUACUGGAAGAUAUCUGUCUAUAACUCCUGAAGAACGCUUACGUUGCCGCAUAGAAGGUCUUUGCUUUUACUGCCGCGAGAAAGGAUACAUGACACCUGAUUGCCCGAAGAAAACCACCCGCGCUCAACCUGCUGCGCUAAAGGCCUUGGAACGCCCUGAGAACGAGGAAGCCGGAGCUGAACAGGAUUUGAAAGCAAAAAAAGACAGUGUUUAG